AUGAGGUCAGUCAGGUACAGGCCUCGACCACAGUAUGAGGCAGAGAUGGGGACUCGCUGGCCUCGACCACAGCAUGAGGACCGGACCAGACGACGUCGGGUCCACGGUGCAUGCUACUCGGGUUCCAGGACGUUCGCCUGUACCACCGUCGCCUCGCCGCUGGGAGUCGCCAUCGCCACACGUGGGGCUGUCGGCGCUCGAACCAACGGGGCUGAAAAUUGCAUCACCUACGCCAGCGUCUACUUCACGCCGCGGGGAUGGAUCCGGAGGAGCUGCGCACGCCUGCCAUGGUCGGCAGAGGGCGCGGGGGUUUGGUGUCCCCUCUCCCGUUUCCUUUGA